ACCCAAGGAAGAAGCAGGAGCCUGACCAAACUGAAGAAAAUGGCAGAGUGUGGGGAGGCCUCUGAGGAUCGAGUUUCUGAGAUUGAUUAUGAAUUUCUCCCUGAGCUGUCUGCUCUUCUCGGGGUGGAUGCAGUUCAGCUGGCAAAGAGCCAAGAAGAAGAAGAGCAUAAAACACGGAUGAAAAUGAAGAAAGGUUUUAACUCACAGAUGCGCAGUGAAGCCAAACGACUAAAGACUUUUGUGACCUAUGACACGUUCAGAUCAUGGACCCCACAGGAGAUGGCAGCUGCUGGGUUUUACUACACAGGCGUGAGACAUGGGGUUCAGUGCUUUUGCUGUAGCUUAAUCCUCUUUGGUACUAGCCUCAGGAAACUUCCCAUAGAGAGCCACAGGAAAUUACAACCAGAAUGCGAGUUCCUUCUGGGCAAAGAUGUUGGUAACAUUGGCAAGUACGACAUCCGGGUGAAGAGUCCAGAGAAGAUGCUGAGAGGUGGCAAAGCAAGGUACCAAGAAGAGGAGGCCAGGCUGGAGUCCUUUGAAGACUG